UACUUCUUCCCCUCGGGUCCACCGGUGAAGCCGCUCCUCAGAGGCUCCUCGCUGGGAUUUAAUCGGCCGAGGCCGCCGCCGCCGCCGCUUCCUUUGCUUCUGCCUGCCUCCCCUCCACCCUCGCAGUCCCGGCGCGCGAUUUCGUUUUUAUAUGGCUCACCCCCCGUCUUCCUAGAACAUGCACAGAAACUCCCGAAAGUGGAUUUUCUACGUGUUUCUCUGCUUCGGAGUCCUCUAUGUCAAAUUAGGAGCGUUGUCAUCGGUGGUGGCUUUGGGAGCGAACAUCAUCUGCAACAAGAUUCCAGGCUUGGCCCCACGGCAGCGAGCGAUUUGCCAGACCCGCCCCGAUGCCAUCAUAGUUAUUGGAGAAGGGGCCCAGAUGGGAAUCAAUGAAUGUCAGUACCAGUUCCGAUAUGGCAGGUGGAACUGCUCAGCACUGGGAGAAAAAACCGUCUUUGGUCAAGAGCUUCGAGUAGGAAGCAAAGAAGCUGCCUUCACCUAUGCCAUCACUGCCGCUGGCGUCGCCCAUGCAAUCACGGCUGCCUGCAGCCAGGGGAACCUCAGCAGUUGUGGUUGUGACAGAGAGAAACAAGGUUAUUACAACCAGGAGGAAGGGUGGAAGUGGGGAGGCUGUUCUGCCGAUAUCAGAUACGGCAUCGACUUCUCCAAAAGGUUUGUUGAUGCCAGAGAAAUCCGAAAGAGCGCUCGGAGGCUGAUGAAUCUGCACAACAAUGAAGCCGGAAGAAAGGUGCUUGAAGGACGGAUGAAACUGGAGUGCAAAUGCCAUGGCGUUUCUGGUUCCUGCACCACGAAGACUUGUUGGACUACACUCCCCAAAUUCCGAGAGAUUGGAUAUAUUUUAAAAGAGAAAUACAAUGCUGCGGUGCAAGUGGAAGUGGUCCGGGCCAGCCGGCUUCGGCAACCGACCUUCCUGAAGAUCAAACAGAUCAAAAGCUACCAGAAGCCGAUGGAGACCGAUUUGGUCUACAUCGACAAGUCACCGAAUUACUGUGAAGAAGAUGCUUCCACGGGGAGCGUGGGGACCCAGGGCAGGCUCUGCAACCGUACGUCCCUCGGGGCAGACGGCUGUGGCAUGAUGUGCUGCGGAAGGGGCUACAACACUCACCAGUACACCAAGGUGUGGCAGUGCAACUGCAAGUUCCACUGGUGCUGCUUUGUGAAAUGCAACACCUGCAGUGAACGGACAGAAGUGUUCACUUGCAAGUAACCUUCAGAUGGAGCAAACCUGAACGUGGACAUAAAGCACCAACUUGGUAGUG